UUAAAACAUGUCUGAAAGGACUUUCUUAUACAUCCGAUGCGACUAAGAGGGGCUUCCUUUCAACGGAGGCUUGUUGAGCGAGAGCGGUAACACAAGCCUACCUGGGAAUUGUAGUCUUCACCGCUUUCGUCUUGCCAGGACUACUCGUCCCAAGAUGCAGUUCCACGCUUCCGGGCUUCCUGGUUACAGUCUCUAAACUGUGCAGUCAAGGGUAGGAGAGGUUCAGCCAGUGAUUGAAGAUGACCCCACUCAAUGUAAUCUUCCUGUCUCCACACGUGCAUGUACCCACAAAAAUGUGGACAUACGCAGAAAAGCAAAAAGUGAUGGUGACAUUCUACAGUAUUCAAAUAUUUCACCUCAGGGCUAAAGGCACUCUAAAGGUUUUUGGCAUUGUUGCAAAAGAAGGUCAAGGUUUAAUUUCUCUCCAGUGAACAAGCUUGCAGAUUAAGAUUUAUGUCAGUCCAAGAAAUAAACAAACAUGCAGUUCUGCCUCCUAUCAUUAGUAGAAGUGACAAGGAGUUUUUGGAAAGCAUGCAAAGAUACAUAACCUCAGAAACCGAAAGAGUGGGCUGCAACGAGGAAGGACCUGCUGAUGAGUAUUACACAAUAUACCAAAAUGUUUUUGAUAAGGUAAUAGACCAUGUCAAUGCAUACAAGUCCAUUCUUACGUCAAUCAAAAGAGAAUAUGAUGCCUUUAUUGAGACCAUAAAAAAAGGCCGGAGAACUGCUUUUUAUCUUCAUGGAAAACUUAAAGUUUUGGCAGCAGAGCCCACAGCAUUGGUAUAUUACCAGAGAAGAGCGAUACAACUUGAAGAAAAAUUGAAGAUUAUUGAAGAUAAUUCCACAACGAUUCAAGUGCAGAUUAAUCAGGUAAAACAGCUAAGAACAGAAUAUGACAACAAGGAAGUGAAGUCCUGUGCUUCCUCCACGAAGCCUUGGAAACCUAUCCCAGGGAUGACUCUCCAAGAAUCUGUCAAUUUGGAAGCUCUCAAUAAGUAUAAGCAACAUCUUGAAGACAGACAUAAAAAACUUAAACAAGAUAUGUCAGUAAUGUAUGUACCAGCCCAAAAGAAGGAGUAUCUAGAUGAGGAAAUGACUGUGUUACUAGAACGACGAGAUGCAGCUGAAAGUGUGAACCAAGACCUGCAGUUUCGCCAUCAAAAACUGCAGGUUAUUUCACACAUACUUACUACAUGGAUGAAGUAUAACAUGAGAAUUCCAUUUCAAGAAAUCCUGGAGAAAAUUCAGAACACCGCAGUUGUCUCUGGUGAUGAAAACGUUGUUGAUGACGUAUUUGAAGAUGACCCAAACAAGACAAAAGAAGCUCUAGUUAUGCUUUACUAUAUUGAAAGGUUCAACGAAUUAAUCUCCCUUCAUGAAUAUGAGGAGGCAGCUUGUUUUGCAGCAAACAGUCCAAGAAGAAUUCUUCACAACAUUGGUACAAUGAAUAAAUUUAAGGCUAUUGGAAAGAUUAAAGGAAAGCCUUUGCCAUUACUCUUGUUUUUUGAGGCUAUAUUUAGUACCAGUCAUGCUUUCAAACGACCUAUCAGUGCUGACCUGACCCUGGAGGGAAUCAAGUGCGGACUGUCUGAAAAACGGCUUGAUUUAGUUACCCACUGGGUCACCCAGCAAAAGCUGACAUUUUCUGAGAAGGCUGGUGAUGUUAUUUUUGCUCAUGGGGAGCAGAACCCAUACUACAAGUCCAAGUGCUUGGCUUUAGCUCAGAUUAUCUACAACGAAUGUGGUCUAUACAAGAAAGUUCUUCUUUGCCUGUGUAAACAGGGUCAGAUUCAUGAGGCUGUGGAACACAUACAGCAGUUCAAGGACUUCACCUUUGAUGACCUGACAGAGCUAAUCACAGCAUGUCCCGAAAUUGAGUUAAUUAAAUGUCUUAUUCAAGAAAAGGAUGGAAAACCACCAUUUUUAUCUUUUGGGCUUGCUGUGCUUCAUCUGUUCUCUGUGGAUAUGGAAAACGUCGGCAUUCAGCUAAUUCAAGAAAUCAGUAAAGGCGGGAAAGACGUAAUAGAGCAUCUUGUGAUGAGUGAUAUAUUUUGCCCCUUAGAAAAGUGGCAAGAAAUGGCAAAUGUCUGUUUACGGAAUGGUUUUCAAAAUAUCUUUAAUGACAUCAUGUCCAUUCUUCGAUCCCAGGCUGGAGUUUCAGAUAUUUCUGAAGAUGAUUCCAUCAACUUAAUGGAACAUGUUUUUUGGUAGUUCUGUAUUUUAACCAGCUGAGGGCGCUUGUACAACAUUUUACAGGCAUUGCUGGCAAACAGGGUUUAGUGUAAUUAAUAUAAAUAAAUAUUGAGUAUAAAACUCUCAGCAAUAAACCACGCUUCUAUUAUGAUGUUUACAUUUGAUCUUGAAACACUGAAACCAUUGCUUCCCUUCUGCCAUGUGGUCACUUCUUAUGGUGACUAUCAAGCAAGUCCAAGAGUAUAACUGCAUAAGAUAGCGCAAGCAUUUUUACCUUAGAAGAAGCCAGCAUCCAGAUAGGUAUCUUUCUUACCAUCUAAUCUGGUACCUAGAACUGCAGAAGGCAUGGUAAAUAUUCUGCCUGUAUGCUGCCUUUCUAAAGGUCACAUUCUGCAAGUUUGCCUCAACAAGAAAAGUCAAAUAGUAUUUUAAGACUGGACAUCUGGGGGAAACUAGACUAACUUUGUUCUACUAAUUCAAAGAUGGCUCCAUUCUUGGAUGUCUGUCACAAUAUCCACGGACACACACACUAACCUUUGCCAUUUAUAUACGGCAAAGGUCAGACUCCUACUGAAGUUUAGAAUUUUGGCAUUUUGUUUUGUUUUGUUUGUUUUUUUCAAGACAGGGUUUCUCUGUGUAGCCCUGGUUGUCCUGGAACUCACUCUGUAGACCAUGCUAGCCUUGGACCUCAGACAUCUACCUGCCUCUGCCUCCUGAGUGCUGGGAAUAAAGGCAUGUGCCACCAGUA